GCCUCUGUCAAAUCAACAGGACCGGCAGAGUGAGAGGGGAGUGGAGGGACAACAGCAGAGAAACGGACCCAGACAUGGAUGUGAAGGAAGACAUGGAAAUGCUGUCCACAGGCAAACAGGAGCAAAAUGGGGAUUUAAGUGAGAGCAAGAAGAAUGGCAAAAAGUCAAGGAAGAAGGAGAAAGAACAAGUAGAGAAGCUCCCCAUGGUCGGCCCCAUUGCUGUGUUCAGGUUCGCCAACAGCUGGGACAUCGUGAUGAUCUUUAUUGGGACAGUCAUGGCCAUGAUCAACGGGAUAGUGCUUCCUCUCAUGUGCAUUGUGUUUGGUGACAUGACAGACAGCUUUGUGAAGGACUCCAUAAUGUCCCACAUGAACACCAGCAACCCCAAUUUCACCCACCCAAUGGUAAACAGCACCCUACAAGAGGACAUGAAUACCUUUGCCAUCUAUUAUUCCAUCAUGGGGGCCGUGGUGCUUGUGGCAGCAUACCUGCAGGUGUCCUUCUGGACCCUGGCAGCCGGGCGGCAGGUCAAACGCAUCCGGAAGUUGUUUUUCCACCGUAUCAUGCAGCAGGACAUCGGCUGGUUCGAUGUCAACGAGACGGGAGAGCUCAACACACGUCUCACAGAUGAUGUGUAUAAGAUCCAAGAGGGUAUUGGCGACAAGGCGGGGAUGCUGGUCCAGGCCUACACCACCUUCAUCGCAUCCUUCGUCAUCGGCUUCAUCAAAGGCUGGAAGCUCACCCUCGUCAUCCUGGCUGUCAGUCCUGCGCUGGGCAUUUCAGCUGCGCUUUUCAGUAAAGUGCUGACCUCCUUCACUAGUAAAGAGCAGACUGCAUACGCCAAAGCUGGAGCUGUGGCAGAAGAGGUGCUCUCUGCCAUCAGGACAGUGUUUGCCUUCAGUGGUCAGGACAGAGAGAUCAAGAGAUAUCACAAAAACUUGGAGGAUGCUAAGAGAAUGGGGAUAAAGAAGGCCCUCUCUGCUAACAUUGCAAUGGGCUUCACCUUCUUGAUGAUCUACCUGUCCUAUGCUCUGGCCUUCUGGUACGGCAGUACACUUGUCCUGAGUAAGGAGUACACCAUUGGGACUGUGCUCACUGUGUUCUUCGUUGUGCUUAUUGGAGCGUUUACGGUAGGACAGACCUCUCCCAACAUCCAGACUUUUGCCAGUGCCCGGGGAGCUGCACAUAAAGUGUACAGCAUUAUUGAUCAUAAACCGAGCAUCGACAGCUAUUCGGAGGCCGGCUUCAAGCCUGACUUCAUCAGAGGAAACAUAGAGUUCAAGAACAUUCACUUCAGCUACCCCUCGAGAUCAGAUAUCAAAAUAUUAAAUGACAUGUCUCUGAGCGUGAGGAGCGGACAGACCAUUGCCUUAGUGGGCAGCAGCGGCUGUGGGAAAAGCACAACGAUCCAGCUGCUGCAGAGGUUCUACGAUCCUCAGGAAGGAUCUGUGUGUAUUGAUGGUCAUGACAUCCGUUCUCUUAACGUCCGCUACCUGAGGGAUAUGAUUGGAGUGGUGAGUCAGGAGCCCAUCCUCUUUGCCACCACAAUCGCUGAGAACAUCAGAUAUGGCCGACCCAACGUGACGCAGCAGGAGAUCGAACAGGCAGCCAGGGAGGCUAACGCUUAUGACUUCAUUAUGACCCUUCCAGAUAAGUUUGAGACGCAGGUUGGAGACAGAGGGACUCAGAUGAGUGGGGGGCAGAAGCAGAGGAUUGCGAUUGCUCGAGCUCUAGUCCGCAACCCCAAAAUCCUCCUGCUGGACGAAGCCACAUCUGCGCUUGAUGCUGAGAGCGAGACCAUUGUGCAAGCUGCACUCGACAAGGUCCGACUGGGUCGCACCACCAUAGUCGUGGCUCACCGCCUCUCGACCAUCAGAAACGCUGACCUCAUCGCUGGUUUCCAGAAAGGUGAAGUUGUAGAGCUGGGGGAUCACGGCCAGCUGAUGGAAAAAAAGGGAGUCUACCACACACUGGUCACCAUGCAGACCUUUGAGAAAGUCGAGGAGGGGGAGGAGGCAGAGUACGAGCCUUCUGCAGACGAGAAGAGCCCAUUAGUCAAGUCCUUCUCUCAGUCCUCUCUGUACAGGAGGAAGUCCACGAGAGGCUCCUCCAUGACCGCCUCAGAGGGAGAGAAAGAGGAGAAAGAAAAGGUCAAGUAUGGCGAGGACAAGAUAGAAGAGGAGGAAAAUGUGCCGCCCGUGUCGUUCCUUAAAGUUAUGCGUCUCAACAUUCCCGAGUGGCCAUACAUUUUGGUAGGGACCAUCUGUGCCGUCAUUAACGGAGCAAUGCAGCCACUGUUCGCCGUCAUCUUCUCCAAGAUCAUCACUGUGUUUGUGGAGCCAGAUCAAGAGGUGGUCCGGCAAAAAUCCACAUUCUUUUCCCUCAUGUUUGUUGCUAUUGGAGCUGUAUCUUUUGUCACCAUGUUUCUACAGGGUUUCUGUUUUGGUAAAUCUGGAGAGAUUCUGACCCUGAAACUGAGACUGGGGGCUUUUAAGUCCAUGAUGAGACAGGACCUCGGCUGGUAUGAUGACCCCAAAAACAGUGUUGGAGCGCUCACUACGAGACUGGCCACAGACGCUGCCCAAGUACAAGGGGCCACAGGAGUACGUAUGGCCACACUGGCCCAGAACUUUUCCAACAUGGGCACCAGUGUGAUCAUCUCCUUUGUGUACGGCUGGGAGCUGACCCUGCUCAUCCUGGCCGUGGUGCCUGUCAUGGCAGUGGCUGGAGCUGUGGAGAUGAAGUUGCUCACCGGACAUGCUGCUGAAGACAAGAAAGAGCUGGAGAAGGCUGGAAAGAUUGCUACAGAGGCCAUCGAAAAUAUCCGUACUGUCGCCUCCCUCAGCAGAGAGCCCAAGUUUGAGUCUUUGUACCAGGAAAACCUCAGCGUGCCAUAUAAGAACUCCCAGAAAAAGGCCCAUGUGUACGGUAUUACCUUCUCCUUCUCUCAGGCCAUGAUCUACUUUGCUUAUGCAGGCUGUUUCCGAUUCGGUGCUUGGCUCAUAAAGGAAGGAAGGAUGGAUGUUCAGGGGGUAUUCCUUGUGAUUUCGGCUGUUCUGUACGGUGCCAUGGCUGUCGGAGAGGCCAACUCCUUCGCUCCAAACUACGCCAAAGCCAAACUGUCAGCCUCCCACCUCAUGAUGCUGAUGAACAGAGAGCCUGCCAUUGAUAAUCUUUCACAGCACGGAGACGCACCAGACAAAUUUGAUGGUAACGUGCAGUUUGAGCAUGUUAAGUUCAACUACCCUUCGCGAUCUGACCAGCCCAUACUCCAAGGGCUGAAUCUGAAGGUGGGGAAGGGAGAGACGCUGGCCUUGGUGGGGAGCAGCGGCUGUGGAAAAAGCACCAUUAUCCAGCUGCUGGAGAGGUUCUAUGACCCCAGAGAAGGGAGAGUGGUGCUGGACAACGUAAGUGUAAAACACCUGAAUAUCCACUGGUUGAGAUCCCAAAUAGGCAUCGUAUCCCAGGAGCCCGUGCUGUUCGACUGCACUUUAGCUGAAAACAUCGCCUAUGGAGACAACAGCCGCACCGUAACCAUGGAGGAGAUAAGGGCAGCUGCUAAAGCAGCCAACAUUCACAACUUCAUAGAAGACCUGCCACAGAAGUACAACACUCAGGCAGGUGACAAGGGAACACAGCUGUCAGGUGGACAGAAGCAGCGCAUAGCCAUAGCCCGAGCCAUCCUGCGCAACCCCAAACUGUUGCUGCUGGACGAAGCCACCUCAGCACUUGACACGGAAAGCGAGAAGGUGGUGCAGGACGCGUUGGACCAGGCCAGGAAGGGCAGGACGUGUAUCGUGGUGGCCCACCGUUUGUCCACCAUCCAAAACGCAGACCGCAUCGCUGUCUUGCAGAAAGGAGUUGUGGUCGAACAGGGAACACAUCAACAGUUGCUGGCCAAGAAAGGAGUCUACCACAUGUUGGUGACCACACAGAUGGGCCACGGGAGGGAAUGAGAGGACAGGGAGAGGACACAGGGAGCAAUACUACACCGAUUAUUUUUAGGCUUUAUGUUUCCAAGGCUGGAUUAAACACCUGUGCCUUUUAUCAUGAACUCCCUGCCUCACAUUUGUACAGCUCUACAAAUUCAGACUGAGCAGCUUCAGUGAGACAGUUGGGGAGUGGAUAUUCUGACUGCAUCUUGGCUUGUUUGGAGAUGAAACCUUUCAGCCUUUCAUCUUGUGGCUGUAGCUCAUUGGGUCAUAUAGUUUGGUCAUGUUUAAACAACAAAACUUCUGUAGUGCUGCUCACUAGUUGUCACAUUUAGCCGUACCACUUUCAGGGUCCUGGUAUUGUUCAUGGUGGCUAACUGUUUCUGACUUACUGGGACACUUGGAUUUUAGUAGUAACACCUUUUCCUACUAUGACAAGUCAAAAUGUCUGCUGUGAAAAGGGCCAGCUGUAACAUACCCAAUCAUGUCCAUGUGUUCGUUAUUCUUGUCCUCGUUAGAGAAUAUCCAUUCAUGUUUGUACGUCAUAAAGUUGGAACACAUUCAUGGCCAGUAUUUUUUUCUCCCAAGAUGGAGCUACUGGAUGCCAACACACCUGAUUUUUUGGUGCCACCUACUGUUAAGUGCAAAAUACUUAUGAUAAAAUACACAGUGAUUAAAGCUAAGAUUACACUGAAUUAUCAUAUUUCAUGAUAUAUAUGUGCCUUUGACACAGGAAUCAUCAUCACAAAAAACUUGUGUUCUACAGGGAAUGUAUUUGGGAAAAUUCUUUGUUGAAUACUUUGAUUGUUUAGUUUUCAUAACAUUUUCUACAGUUUGACUUAAUAAUGAAGCAGAAGUGCCUGAGCAGUUUUACCGAGGUAAAUAUUGUAUACACAGAGGUGUGCAAAUGUGAAUUCUCAUUCACACACUUUGGCUGCGAUGACUAAGAGUCCUACUUUGUCUCUGUAAAUGCACAACAUUACUAACAUUUUGGAGGACAUGCUUAUAUAUUAAAGUUUUAUAUGCAAAUAUUGAA